AUGGGUUUUACACCGUAUCAAUUCUUUCUUGCUGGUCUUAUGUUAGUGACUGGCACUAUAAAUACAUUAUCAACAAAAUGGGCCGAUAGACAAACAGCACAUUUCUGUAAUGAAACAUAUAACGCAACGACAUUUGAGCAUCCGUUUCUUCAAGCUGUUGGCAUGUUUCUGGGUGAAUUUUUAUGUUUAUUAGUAUUUAAAUUUAUUUGGUAUUCAACAGCACGUUAUCGUAUUGAACGAAUGACAUAUAAUGGUGAUGCAUCAUCUGCACUUGUUCGAUGUUGGCCAAUAAAUAUCAGACAAGAUGUACGUUUAGUUGAUGGUGAACAAGUUUUUAAUCCAUUAAUAUUUUGGGGAGCAUCUAUAUUCGAUAUGCUUUCAACAUGUUUAUCUUAUUUUGCAUUAAAUCUUACAACUGCUAGUUCAUUUCAAAUGUUAAGAGGUUCAGUUAUGGUUUUCACGGCUAUAUCAAGUGUAUUAUUUCUUAAACGAAGAUUAAAACUUCUUGAAUGGUGUGGUAUUUUUGUGGUUGUACUUGGUCUUGUUAUUGUUGGUUUAUCAGAUCUUCUAUUUGAUAAAACACCACAAGGUAAUCAUACAAAUGGUGAAAAAGUUAUUGGUAUUGGUCUUAUACUUUUGGCAAUGAUAUUCACUAGUUUUCAAGUAGUUUAUGAAGAACGUUUUAUUGGUAAAUAUAAUAUUCCAGCAUUACAAGCUGUUGGUUGGGAAGGUAUAUUUGGAUUUCUUACACUUGGCCUGGUUCUUGUUCCAUUUUCUUAUAUACAUAUGACAGGAUCUAAUACUGGUCCAGAUCAGCAUCUUGAAGAUAUACCAAAUGCAUUCUGUCAAAUGGCUGAUAAUUAUAUAAUUAUUAUUGCAACAGUUGGAAAUGUUUUUUCCAUAGCAUUUUUUAAUUUUGCUGGUAUAUCUGUAACAAAAGAAUUAUCAUCAACAACACGUAUGGUACUUGAUAGUGGUCGAACAUUAAUUAUAUGGGCAGUAUCAUUGGCAUUGUCAUGGCAAAAAUUUUAUCCAUUACAAAUUGUAGGUUUCGUAUUUUUACUUGCUGGUAUGGGUCUUUAUAAUGGUGUAUGGCAAAAUUUAUAUCGCCGAUAUGUUACUGGUGAAUCAGAUGAACGUAACCAAUUAGUACCUGAUUAUAAUAGUGAAUCUAAAUAUGCUCCAGGUGCACCAUCUAUUCCAUCAGGUGCAGGAGUUUAUGUUGGACCAAAAGAUAACUCCGUUAAUGCCUAA